CGCUCCGACUCGCAUCCAACCAACUCACCUCACCUCGACUCAACUUGAGACUUCGUCAGCCGAUUGCUGAACUUCUAUGCCUUCCCCAUCUGCCUCACGCUCUCCUCAAGGAGGAGGGGAUGCAGAGAUGCAAGGACAGCGCUCACCGUCCUCGCAGAGAGACAAGGGGACCGCACGAUCAGCCGCUUCGAGGUCACCACCGCCGCAAAGGUCGCCUUUCAGAUCACGAUCCCCAUUGCGUCCGCCGAGGCGGUCUCGAUCGCCAUCCGAUGCCUCGAUACACCCUGGAUCCGGCUCUCUCUCUCGCUCUCCAACACACUCGCCAUCCCGUUCUCCUCCUCCGCGCAGCGUCGUCUCGCCCAGGAGUCGAGAUGCUUCCUUCUCGCCUGCUGCAGCUCGCAGUAGCGCUAGGGACCCAUACGCAGCAGGGCCCUGCGUCAAAGUGACGGGCCUGACGAAGAUGGUCACGAGAGGUCAUGUAGAGGAGAUCUUUGGCUAUUAUGGCCACGUCAAGAGCUGUACUCAUCCCCUCUUCACUAGGUCUCAAGAAUCAAAAGGUAACGCAUGGGUUCUCUUCAGCUCUACUUCAAGCGCAGAGAAGGCCAUCGAGCACAUGGACAAAGGUCAAAUUGAUGGAGCAGUCGUGAGCGUCGACUUUGGUAGAUUUCCUCAACCGGAUGCACGACGUGACUCUCGUGACGAGAGAAAUCGGCUCAAUAGCAGAGAUGGUGAUAGGAACGGUCGUAUGGGCAGAGAAAAUGGCGCUGUGAGGGGCGAUCGCUACUGGGCUUCCGCGGGCAGAGAUCAAGAUGCAAGAUAUCCCCCACCGCAUCUGGCAAGGGACCAGGGAAACGGCUAUGGACGGAGGAGCGUUAGCCCUGGCAGCAGGAGAAGGAGUCGCAGCCCCCCUCCAAGGAAGCUAGGCAGGAAGCGCAGUCUCUCUCGCUCCCUCUCUCGAGAUCGUGAUGGAGGUCGAGGCACCCCUAGACGGCCAAGAGACGAAUCAAUGUCCCGCUCUCGUUCUCGCUCAAGAUCGCCAUCGUACUCUCCUCCUCGUCGUCGGCAUCGCACCAGCAGCAGCAGUACGAGGGAGUACAGUAGGGACUCUCGCAAUCCCCGUAGGAGUCGCAGCAGAAGCAGGAGUUUCACACCGAAGAGGAGAGAGAGGGAUUCAGGUCGCCCACGAUCACGCUCGCGCUCCAGGUCGCGCUCGAGGUCGCGCUCAAGGUCGAGAUCAAGGAGUGAAAGUCUAGAUAGGAACGAGGCGGAUGCACGGAGGAAUCGGAUGAGCUUGAGUCCUGCAAAUCCAGAGGGCAGACCUUGAGUUUGGUGGGGAGAAGACAGUCUUUGCGCGAACCAUUACCUCUGUAUACCUCUUGUCACCAUGCACUUCUGUAAUUCAUCUCACUUCUCGUCUCCCUUGUUGCACGUCUGCUGCUGAUCUACUUUCAUUAGUGAGGAUGGCCUCCCAGAAACGAUAGUCGAUUAAAGUACUCUAAGUACGAGCUACGCGCUUGCCUCUUCCCGUGAGCCCUUUGUCCACUUUUCAUUUCACCUCUUCCCACCUGCGCCAUACUGUGCAUAUACAAGAAAAGUGUC